AUGAUUUAGAAAUUAUAGCAAAGCUAAAGUUAGGAAGAGCAAGAAUAAUAAUAAAUAAAUUCUCUUUCCUCUAAACCAGAAGAACAGAAAAUAUCUAUUUUUAAUCCUGAAAAAAAACAUGAUAAUUAAUAACCUAUCUUAGGAAUAGAUGCAUCGGGUGAAUUUUAAGUAUAAAGAAGAUUCAAAGAAAUUUCUACUUUAAGAGAGUCGCUGGAAUCUUUAAUAGUUUUAUUAAUUUUACUCAAAAAUUUUAAUUCAAAUAUUUAAGUCAAAAAUAUCAAUUUGAAUCAAAACUAUAUUAAAAUAGUUAACCCAAAAAUAGAUUAAUUAAGACAAAGGCUUAAAUUAUUAAAUUUCUUAUUUAAAGUUUGUCUUAAUUAGAAUAUUUGUAUUAUUCUGCGUAAUGUGCAAAAAUAUUUUUAAGAUCAAAUGAAUCUAAAAACACAAAGUAUUAAUUUAUAAAAAUUAAAUAGACACUUAAGGGGUUUAAAAAAAAAGCUUAUUAUUUUAAAUAUAUAUGGCUAAAUAGAUUUAUAAUAUCACAUAAGAAAAUAAUGAUAAUGAGAUUCUAAAAAAUUAAUUAUAAAGAGUUUAAAGAUUUUUACGUAAUUUUCAAAUUCUUUUAAAUAAAUUGUUUGAUUAAACUCAAAAUUUGAUCAAGAGCAGAAAAGUUAAAUGA